AUGGAACUGGAUCUCGAGCUUGCUAUUAGACAGUGCUAUAAAUCUGAGGACAAGGAAGACGUUUUCGACUGUGUCGCUCGGGUGUCUCCUGCCGCGCUUUCCAACGACGUUGGCGCACCCGCUGCACUCUCAGGCCCUGGGUACAGGCAGCGCAGAGCGUGA